AUGGCUUCGUACUUUGACGAACACGAACUUACCGACCGAACUAGCAAUCCAGAUUUCUUCCUUGAGCUUGCAAGGUAUUUUUAUUUUUAAUUAUGUAUCCAAGGUCCGUGCAGGGUCCUAAAAUGCGAAAAAUGUUCUGAAACUUGUAAGCCAGAUUUCAAGACCUUGACGAAUUAUACUGGGUUGUUAAUACAUUGGUGCAAUCACAUCUUUUGACCGGUUCUCUGGUAUAAUUCUGCUGAGGCUAGGUGAUCUGAGUUGUAAUCUCAACCCUGAGGUAGACUGCAAUAUGAUAAAUGGUUUAACGCAGGAAUAACAUUGUGAAUCCUGUACUCUAAUCAUCUUAGGCCCUGUUUAACUGUCAAACCUUCCAUAAGAGAGUAGACUGAGAGAAUUAAGUCCAUGGUAGGGUUGAAGUUUGAAUCAGUGGAAUUUGUCCAGCUGAAUUUGGAAUGGCCAUCACAUUCUUUCCAACUACUUUGAUGUAUUGAAUGUUUGAAGAUUGACUGUUAAAUUUUAUGAAUAAAUUACAAAUUUCUUUAUUUGAAAUCCUAAUUAACAAAUGGUGUUCUGAAUUUGGUUUGACUAAUUAUGUUAAUUGUUUGACACUGUGAUCAAAAUUUACCCAUUUAGUAAUAGUCCUGAAAAGGGCUGUUGUUGAAAAUAGUGAGUAAUAUUUUUUUGAAAACCACAGUAGAAGGCAUCAUCAGAGUUAAAUAUAAAGGAUUUUUUGAUAGAUAAGUUUUUUUUUUUUCAUUGAUUUUUUUUUUCCUGUGAUGUUAUAACAUAUAACAUUACCAGGAAACUGGCCAAUCAGCACCCAUGCCUUCAUCAUAUGCAGCUUGGCAUUAACCAUUUUCCUUAUAUUUGUGUGAUAUUACAGAAUGCUCCUGUCUCCAAGUGACAUCCUUGAAAUUUCCAGGUAAUUUCUUGCUAAAUCUGGAUCAAUAUUUCUUGUAUUUUUCAAUUGUCGAGCUAAUUAUGUGCUAGAAAGGAAGUUACUCGAGAAUUUGUUUAGUGUAACACUCCUCUAUAAGUUUACUUGCUUUUAAAAGUAAAACUUGACUCUGCUGUUUGAAAUACUCCUUGCAUUUGAAAAGGGGUUGGACUUGUUCUUGUCAUUGGGUGUAAUAGACCAUCAGGCUACUUUUUUUUAUAUUAGGCACUUUGGGUACACAAACAUAUCCCUUGGACAUUUUGGAUGUUACAAAUCAAACUAGUUUCAAAUCAUCUUAACCAGAAAUUGUAUCAAACUGAAAUAUAUGUCAUCAAUUGUAUAUGACCAGUAUAAAACUUUAUAAACUAAUUUUAAUUUUUCUUUGUCUGAGAUCUAUUACAAUACGAUCAUCUGGGACAAAAGAAAGCAGAAAUUUAACUGAUAUGGCCUUCUUUUAGCCAAAAUAAAAUUAAACACAACACUCGCAAGCUCAUUGGUGGUCAUUGUAAUAUUAUUUUAUAUUUAACCUAAUUUUGAGGACAUGAACAAUUUUUGUGGUUUGUAUUUCUCUCAAACAUCUAAUUUAACCCUUUAGACCCUGAUAUAAGCAUAAAUAUUCUCUAGACUGCUAACGUUACAUUUCCCUCAGUACUGACAAGGAGAAUUUGUUGGACAAUCAGGAACUUUUGGUGAUCAUUUCUUUUAUUCUCAUGACCUUAACUUUUGAUUUGAGGGUGGUACUGUAAGGAGAAAUUAGAUGCCAAUCAUUCUAAGGGAUUAAAAGGCUUAGGGUCAAUUUGAGCAUUUUCUUUAAAUUCCUUUUUAAUUUUACGAUUGUCUUUUUUUUAACAGAAUGGCAUUUGAUCAAAUUCAAGCACCACCAGCUUCAAAAGAAGUUGUUGAAUCUUUACCUUCCAUACCUAUUACUACUGAACACAUCGGUAAGUUUUUGAGUGUUUAAUUUUGUUCUCUCUUCCUAUUGCUGUUUAACAAAUCAACAGUAGUUUAGCAUGGUCUGUGCUCUUAUCAACAGCAAUAUUUGUCAUCACAGCAGUCCAAAUGUUGUGGACUUAUGAGAUGCGGCACAGUGAUUCAGCAAAAAAUUUUGACUGCUGUGAUGACAAGUAUCUUUGUUGAUAAGAAUACAGACCAUGCUAGACUGCUUUUGAUUUGUUUUUAUACCACUGACAACAUCAAUGUCAAAUAAAACAGUCUUCCUUGUUUGAGAGAUGAUAAAAACAAUGAUAAAGGCAUUGCUUGAUGUGUUGAUGCAAGAUGUGUUGUCUGUACUCUUAUUGACAACAGCAAAUUGGUUGGUAAGAUUAUGACAUUAUUGCCAAUUGUGGUGAAAAGUUGCAACAUCUGGAGUAUCUCUGAUUGAUUUUCCAAUGUCUGAGGAAAAGUCAAGCUGUAUUUUGAGGUGAAGAUCAAUCUAUCAACUUCUACUCAAAAGUAUUAGUUGGUUAACUUAUUGAUUACUACAACUGUGAUGUGCUUGCACAUGUACACGGUCUGGCAACUUAUGAAUGUGUUCUUUUAAAGAAUAAUGUUUAUCUUUUAUGUUCUCUUUCUAGUUAAAGGUUGUUCAUGUCCCAUAUGUCAAGUGGAAUUCAAGGUGAGUAAUUUGAAUUCUCUUCCUCCACAGUGUUAAGCAUGAGUGACACAAGCCAAGAAGGGCCUACUGUAUUUUUUUCUCUUAUGAUGAAAUGACGCCUACAAAGUGAACAGGAAUCAUUGUAUCAAACAUGAACUAUUUUCUUCUUUUUAUGAUGUCAGAUUGGUGAACUUGUCAAGAAACUUCCUUGUGAUCAUAUGUUCCAUAAGAGUUGCAUUCUGCCGUGGCUGAACAAGGUAAUAGUCACAUGACUUAACAUUUACUUAACACUUUGAUCCCUGAGAGUGACUAGCAUUUAUUUUCUCCUUACAAUAUCGCCCUGGAAUCAAAUGUUAAGGUCAUGAGAAUAAAGAAAAUGAUCACCAUCUUAAGAAGCUCUUGAUUGUCAUUUGUGAUUUUUUUACUAAUCAGACAUACAGUAGCAUGGAAUAGUGUAUUUGUUAAUUUGAUUACUCUUCCAGGGAGGAGUGCUCUAUACCUCUAUAAGAGAUGUGAUACUUUUGUGUUUUUGGACAUAUUGUCAUAAUGGUGAUGACCUUGCAAAAAAAAAUUUGUUUAGACCUUGUCUUUUUUUCCAUAUAGAUUACUCCCAUUAAGGAUUGUCAGGGGCUUUAAUUAUUAAAUUUCUCACUUCAUUCUAGACCAACAGUUGCCCUAUGUGUAGGCAUGAGCUGCCUACAGAUGAUCCUAAGUAUGAAGAAAUGAAAGUUUUAAAGGUAGUUUGCUAUUUGAUUAACUUGAAAUAAUUCAGCAGAAAGCUAAUAGUCUUGUACAAAGUUUUAAGGGUAGUAUGCUACUUGAUUAACUUGGUCCUAAGCAUUGGGUAUAGUUUCCCAGACAAUUGGCUAAAUUCAGCAUACAGACUGCAGAGGGGUGGGCAGAGAGACAGUAAGGGUCUUUUCCAAGAGUAGUUGUGCUACCCUGCAGUUUUAAACAGAGAGUCCAGUCCCUGAUCAGCACGAGGCUCUUUAUAAAACAAGCAGCUACAAAAUAGCAAAUUAUAUAUUUUGGGAAAUCCAAAAACAGAAACAUAUUUAUAAGGUUGUUUUGAUUUGGAUGCCUGAAUUACAGAUUUGAAUGGCAGCCAGGUUUCUUUUUUUUGUAUGCAAUUGCUUAUGACUAAGGGCUUAUAAUGGUAUAUUUUUUAUGAAUACCAGUAGGUUGCAACUUGGAGCAUUUUGAAAAUGUUUCUGUGACUUUACCAUCUAGGAACUGAAAAUAAGAAUUUCUUUUAAAGCAAAAUAAACUUAUUUCUUUUACAGUUAUCAAAUGUUCCUCAGGCCAGACAGGAAAUAUAUUUAUAAUUAGUUAGUUCAUACCAUGCUAUGAGGUGGCACCUGCUUUCCUAGCUUCAUAUUUAACUGUCCUACACAUGUUAAAACUAAAUAUUAAGAAUUUAUUGCUAUUAAUAAUUAUUCAUUCAAUAAAUGUCUUGUGGUUUCUAUGUGCAGGUGAAGGAGCAAGAUCAACAGUUCAGGGUGGAAACACUUCAUGACUCAAUGUUUUCUUAACAAAAUCAGCUGCCUCAAAGAGUUUUGAAGUGUUUAUAUUCUACCAAUAAUUUAUUGAUAUUGUUAUGGAAAUGUUACAUAAGGCAAAGUGUAACGAAGGCCAACACUUCAAGAUUGAAAUAUCUAUAACUCUGUUAAAUUUACUUAAUAUUACUUUUUGACACAAUUACAAUCAUUUCAAAAAAUUACAGCCAGCUUAAAGGCUUUUGAUUAGUAUUGCAUCAAUUGCGAAGGAUGACCACAGUUUUAACAAUUUCAGUGACUGUGUCAAAAAUCAUCUAGACUAAGAAUUCCCAUAUUAAACCCUCAACACCUAAGGGUGAUAAGCAUCUGGUUUCUCCCAAAAAUAUCACCCCUGUAUGAAACAUUAAGGUCAUGAGAGUUAAGGAAAUUGUAGCAAUCUCAAGAAGUUUAGAUAAAUUCCCCUUGUAAAUAUCAUAGGGAAUGUAUAGAGAACAGUAUAGAGAAGAUAAAUACUGAUAAUACUGUGAAAAAUGGUUAAUACAGAGCUAUCUGAUUUUUACCCCAAUAAUCUAAAUAUGUUAAUUUUAAAAGGAGUUCAUUAAGAUUGUAAAAAGGUCUAUUCUUUUCAAACUUUUGUGGGUAAAAAAAAAAUUCUCUGAAUCUAAAUCAGUACAGGAAAAAAAGAACAACUUGCAAUAUUCAACUGGUGCUAUAGAUUGUAUAAAUAUUUGAACUCAAGCUUAGUAAACCACUCUGUAAUCAUGAUUCAAACCAAUUAAGUAUAUAAAAAAAUAGAAAUGAACUCCAUAUGUAUUAUAACUUUUACUGAA